AAAGGAGGGUGUGUAUUGACUGACGGCCUGGAGCACGUGGGUACCCCCCUGACAUCCUCCAUGACCUUUUGGAAGGCAUUGUUCCUGUUGAGUUAUCCCUCUGCAUUUCAGACAUGAUUUCUAAGAAAUAUUUCACCAUAGAAACACUGAACCAUGCCAUGAAAACCUUUGAAUAUGCUUUUCAUGACAAAACUGACCAGCCUCAGCCAAUUGCCCAUGGCUUCUCUACCAAAGGGACCAUAGGUGGAAAUGGCCAUGAGAACUGGGCCCUAAUCAGGCUGCUCCCACUUAUCAUUAUCACUCAUCAACAGAGGCGGAUAUAAGAAAAGUCAUCCUAACCACAAGGCCCUCUACAGUCAAAGAUUUGAUAAGCAAGCUUAAAGAAUCACUGGGACUUCAUUAUAACUUCAGUCUCCAAUACCAAGACCCUGAAUUCAAUAAUGAACUAUGCAAUCUGACAGAUACUGAAGAACUUCCAGAAAAACCAACAGUUAAAGUCAUGCCUGUCCUUGAGCUGGUACCUGUCUCAUCUGAUGAAGUCUUCAGUGACACACCCAGUACAGCAGAUACAGACAUACUCUCACACUCAUCUCAGGAGCGACAGAAACAGUGGCCAGAAUUUUUUGAUAUCCCUACCAUGUCUGUGGAUGUAGAGUAUAGACUUAGGCAAGCAGAUCUGCUGUUUGAGUGAGGGUACAUACCUUAAAGUAUCAAAAGAACUAAAACACGAGAUACUUGAAAGAUUGGCAGAGAGCAUGUAUAGCUACACAGCAUACCCAACUGCUGCUCAGUUCGAAAGUGUUGCAGCAGCACUGAUAAACAAGCACCCUUGUCUCCAGGAGCGGGGCUCAACCACUCGCUGUUGUGGUUGGAAAAAUAGCCUUAAGCAUAAAAUGGGUAAUUAUCGAACAAAGCGUAGGCAAUCAAGAUUGCCUUGAUCUUUCAGUAAAUGCAGGUAAGCGGGGAAGGCAUUCAGCAGGACAACCAGCUAACAAGCGCAUCAAGAAGGUGAAAUCAACUACUUGCCCAACUUUCCGGAUGGAUUUGAUCAGGCAGCACUGGAGGGGGCCUGUAAAGACUUGGUCGAUGAAAUGCAGAAGAGAACACCAAAUGGACCUCUUGUGAAAUAGAAGAUGGAUCAGACCUUUUCUCUGAGAAGAAAAGAGGUAGUGGAGUCGGAACCCGCUAUAAGCACAAUGGUGAAACGCUGGCCUGCCCUUUUCACUGAAGAUCAAGUGUUCAUGGAGUUCAGCAGGAUUGUGGGCAAGAACCUCAAACAGGAGUUCUAUGAGAGCAUCGACCGGCACAGUCCUCGUCUCCUGGAGUUAUUUCAAUCCAAGAGAGGGAAUGUUGGACAGUUGUUGACACAGAUUUCACAACAGACCAAUACUACAGAGCCAACUACGAUCCGGACACAAGUGCUCAGAGGGCUUCCUAUCAUACUUGGGGAAAACCCUACAAACUUCUUCAAAGCACGCUUUGAAUCUGAUGAUGAUGAUUAUUUUCGUGACCUUGACGUUGGGAAGCUUCUUAUUGAGCGUGAAGGUGCUGUGCUCACGUCUUCCCAGCAUCUCAGUCCAGCUUCGUUGAAAAUCGUCAUUGAGGGAGAAGUUGUAAUGGAGAACAUUCAAGAUCUGCCAAAAGCAAUGUGCAUUCUGUUUGGACUCAUGUAUGCACUCCAUCUUAACUACCCCAAGACCAUGAAGCUCACAUUUCAGUUCAUCCAACAGGUAUUGCUAUUGUUAGGCCAGACUGACCUAAAGCCAAAGCUACAGCGUUUGAAAAAUCAGCUCGCAAUGUAAAAAGAGAGGUCAAGUCUACUGUAAGAGGUGGUUGACUACAUUUUUCUUUUUGCCACACUAGUAAAAUACUUUCUUACCUGUGGGGUAAACCUUUUAUUUUCUGUAAAACAAGCGGACGAACAGACACACGUAAAACGCAGACACACACGUACAACACCCACACACAACACUGACACACACUUAAUUGCUGUAGGAAUCAUGCUGAAGGAUGUGACUUGUGUGAAAAUUGAGAGGAGUUGUAGCAGAAAGACAUAGGCCUAAGACAUUAUUGUUCUAGUUCUUCACCAGUCUAUGUAGAUUGUUCUGAUAUGAUAGUCUGUUGGUUCAUGCUCUGUCCUCCCUUCAUUUAGGCAGAUGAUCAGAACAGAUCCUGUUUGUUUGCGUUUUCUUGUACAUUUGAGUGGGUGUUUCUGGUAAAUUUUAUUUUGUUUAUGGAUUUACCACUCAUCUAUGGUUUUAUCUUGUCAAUUUGUGACACAUACAACACCCACACACGGCAACACACACACGGGCAACACACACAUACAACACCACACACACGGCAACACACACACGGGCAACACACAAACAACACAGACACGGGCAACA